AUGCCUUACUUCACGGAUCUCAAUACCUAUCUCCACCGAAGCUCCCAGCUCAUCCAAGCCUACCCCUCCACACGAAUCACAACCAAAUACUCAUUACCGAAGAAAGCCGGCGCACCGGCCACCAAGGGGAAAAACGAUGCUGCCGCCGCUACACCCUCAGACUCAACAGCAGUUGGCGCGCCCACACAGCCCAAGCGCGACCGUUCUGCACUCCUCACUCUGAAAACAUACCACCCGGACUCAGGAAUAUGCCUGAAGUACAAAACAGACAAGGCGGCGGAAGUGGGCAGACUAUUGACCGGGUUGGGACGGCUUGCCAAGGGGGAGAUAAUAGAAUUGCCAGUGACAGCAACACCGGCGACUUUAAGCAGACCGACCGGUGUAAAUGACCCCGACAAUAUGGAUAUUGACAGUGGGGUGGUAGCGUCAGAGCCAGAAGCGAAGGCGGUAGUCGCACCUCCUGCCGCCACGCAAACGGUUGGUGGUGGUGGGAAGGGGAAGAAGAAAAAAGGCAAGAAAUGA